AUGUCUUCAAGCAAGCCCUUGAUAUAUGCAGAGCUGCUGUCCAACAUCCGCCAGAUUUCUGUCAUCGUCGCGCUCGAAGGGGUUUGCGAAUCUGCCACCAAGGCAGAGCUAUCAGCUGAUGGAUGGCAAUUUAUCUUCUACCAUGAAGGACAGAAAACCGUCUUAGGCCUCCCAGGACAGGCCGUCGCCAAUUUCCAGCUUCAAAAGCCCAUCCUUGGCAACAAAGAGCUUUCCUGGCGGCUACCUCUUGCAGGUCAGGCCUCCAGAGCUAGCAUUGAGGAUGCGCAGAGCAAUGAGGCUCCUUGGUCCGCAAAAGACAUUUCAGAAGAUGCAGAGUUUGCAUGCCGUGAAUGCAAGGCGGUCAUCCUGGAGAAAGGAACCGUCAGAGUAUGGAAGGACCUCCCCAGCGAAAACUGGGCUGAGAUGAUGGAUUACUGGCAUUGCCACAAGCCUGAUGCUCCUGUUGCAUUGAGCGAGGCGAAUGGCUCAAGUGGCCAGGAGUCACGUGAUUUUUCGGGCGUAGCCGCAAGCAAAGGCUAUGGUGCCAACACCAGGUUCCUCGCCAGAUCAGGAAUUGGACUCAUCAACAUCACCACGUUCCUACUUGCUUCCGUUGAUUGCAAGAAUCUCAAGGGUCUUCUGGGACUAGUGGACAGUCAAGCCGGUGGAAUCCGAAUUUACAAGUGGCGCCUCACCUUGCUGCCAGAUUGUUAUCUUGUCACAAUGUAUUGCCCGAAUGAUCUUUACUCCGUUCGAUCCGAAGCUCUGCGCAUUAUCGUUCUCUACUGCUACGUGCAAUACGAACGAAACUUGUAUCUCAUGUACCGACGAUUCAUCAACAAUCCUCGCCCCGAUUUCCGACACGCCGCCCAGCUCCAAGCCUUUGCCUAUUUCAACUGUGUCGUUGCUGGUCCUAAGCUCGCCAUGAAGGUGUUCUGGAAGCUGGUAACCUCACAGGAUGCUGUCGAACUACUGGAUAGCAGUAACGUGGAGGAUGUCCAAACGCCGACAGAAGGGAUACGCGAGAUUGAAGGGGUUCUGCGAGAGAGUGCGUUCGUUCUGCCUCCGAGUGCUAGGAAGUUCAAGGACUGGGACGUUGGUUUGUUGGAGAGAUACCAGGCUAAGCAAUGA